AUUUCAAAGAAAUCUAUACGUCCAUCUCCUUUAUUAUCAUAGAUCAAGAUGCCUCGUCAGUUCUUCGUUGGUGGAAACUUCAAGAUGAACCCGGGCUCGCGGGAGCAAAAGCAGGCUCUCGUGAAAGUGCUCAACGAGGCUAACAUAGACGGUUCAACCGAGGUUGUCAUCGCACCCCCAUCGUUGUACCUCAUUCCUCUCAAGGAGAUCGUCAGGAAGGACAUUCAAGUAGCCGCACAAAACUGCUACGUCAAGAACUCAGGAGCAUUCACUGGAGAGAUCAGCCCGGUGCAACUCGUCGAUGCAGGCAUACCCUAUGUUAUUCUCGGUCACUCUGAGCGUCGCACAUUGUUCCACGAGACCUCAGAGCUGGUCGCGCAAAAGACGCGUGCGGCCAUUGACGCAUCCCUCAAAAUAAUCCUUUGCGUCGGCGAAACUCUCCAGGAGCGCGAAGCUGGCGAGACCGCCAUCGUGGUUCAGAAACAGCUCCAAGCCGCCGUCGACCUCCUCAAGGAGUCGGACUACAGCCAAAUCGUGGUGGCUUACGAACCCGUCUGGGCCAUCGGAACUGGCAAAGUGGCUACGUCUGCUCAAGCCCAGGAAGCACACGCCGAUAUUCGUUCGUACCUCGCCAAGGCUGUAUCGCCUGCCGUGGCAGAGAGCACUAGGAUCAUCUACGGUGGAAGUGUGACAGCUGCCAACUGCAAAGAACUUUCUACCCAGCCUGACGUGGAUGGUUUCCUCGUUGGGGGAGCAUCGCUGAAGCCUGAGUUCGUCGACAUCAUCAAUGCCAAAAAGAACUGAUUGGCGUAGAAGACAGAGGGGGGAAAGACAAUGACAGUAUCUGAUGUGAGUGUGAUCACAGUAUACUGGUAAGAAGUCGAUGUAUAGAAGCGACUCUGUACUUGUUUACGGCUGGGUUGCAUAAUCCAUUUUUGUCUCGACUACUUUUCUCUGUU